UCAGAUGAAAAUGGCUGUGUCCACUGAUCACAAAACGGGGCUUCUCCUCCAUCUUCAUUUUCGCCGUAUUCAUGUCAAAAGAGUGAUAUGGUGCUUGUUCAUCAUUUUAACAAUAUCAUUAGUGCUAAUGUACAUGAAUGUUGUGUCUAUUCUAGAUGAAGAGAACAAUGGAAGAGUCCAGAAAGAUCCAUUUGAGAGCCGACAGGCCGACCAGAGGGACGAUGCAGCAGUAGAUCAAGACGACUUUGGUGACCUGGGUGACCUCCAGGAAAGGUCAAUGAAUUUGUUAUCAAGUCGUAUUAUUGAUGCAUCCGAGAUAAGCAUCGAGGGUUGGUGGAUGUCUCAUGCACGGUGGGAUUACGAAGUGGACUGCGAUGCUGGAAGAAAAGGACUUUGUGCUAAGGUUCUGAAAGUAGCAUGCAGUCCAGAUAGUGUGAGGUCCAUCUACCAGUUCUUGCCUAUUAAUCCUCAUGUCAGGUUAAAAAGACUUCACUUUUCCGCUAAAAGUGCAUCAACGAAUUUAAAGAGAUUUCCAGAAUCUGGAGGAGCAACAACGUAUAGUGCAAUAGCUUUGUUGAAAUAUAUUGAUGAUAGUACAGAGAGAUUAAGAUUAGAAUUUCCAGGUGGAACACAUUCAUUCUUGCCAGCAAAGAUAAACAAGACGCUGUCAAUAGAGAAACAAGUAGAGAGCAUCACAGUCAUGCUCUGUUGCUAUGGUUACAAAGGUCAUAUUAAGUUUAGUGACAUACACCUCCAUGCAUUUAGUGACAUUCCUCCAUCACACACCCCUCUCACCCGGGAUGAAAUGGUUGUGCCCUGCACUCAGAGAAAGCCUGCAUCCAUUCCAAAGAAACCCUCUUACCGUACUGAGCAUGUCUUAUCAGCUGACAACAUGCAGAUUCCCUUUGAUGACGUAACCCUCAUCACCCAUGCCUCCCUGGAUCGCAUCGAUGGCGUCUUGAGGAUGCUCAACAGCUGGGAUGCCCCUUGCUCCAUCUCUCUCUACCUCCCCAUCAAAGCUGAUGAACGAGAUGAAGACAUCGAGUGGAAAAAAAUUUAUGUUUUUAAAAAGAUGAGAAUCUUACAGACAAGAGCAGACAUAGACCUUACACUGGUGUAUUCAAAUACGAUGGAGGAUAUAUACCCCAUCAAUUACAUGAGGAAUGUUGCAAUAAGCCAAUCCAAGACCAAAUUCAUCCUGUUAUUGGAUGCCGAUUUCUUGCCCUCUCCGACCCUGCAUAAACACUUCCUAGAUGUCAUGGCAGUAUGGCAGGUCUCAGAGCAAAGAGAUCGAAAGACAGCUUUUGUUGUUCCUGCAUUUGAUUACAUAGAAGAAAAGCAGGACCAAGCUGGUUUACCAAGUACCAAAGAUGAACUCAUUAGCCUCAUGAAGCAAGACUUACCAGCAGUUUCUAUAUUUCGUUUCUACGAGUCUCCCCUAUCACAUCGACCAACCAACUAUGUGCAGUGGUACAUGGCAAACGAGCCUUACAAGAUAUCUUACUAUGAAGAUAAAUAUGAACCUUAUCUCAUCUUACAGAAAUCUGGUAUGCCUAUGUAUGAUGAGAGGUUUACAGGGUAUGGUAUGAAUAAGAUCACUCACAUCUUGGAGCUUCAUGCAGCAGGAUAUGAUUUUGUAGUCCUCCCAGACGCAUGGGUGAUCCACAUCCCUCAUCUGAUGUCGACGCAGAACUCCCGUUUCCUCAGCGAUCCUAUCAGCAGAUUGACCAAUCGUGUGACUCGUCUUGAGUUUGUAUCUGAUGUCAUGAGGAAGUACCAGAUAGGGGCCUGUAAGGGGUUGCCAACAUAGCCAGCAGUUGGUGGGACUAAAGCAGGAUGGGUAAAUGUCAUCCAGCACAAAAAGCAGUAAGUUGGACUGUGAUGGAGGCUGAAAUGAAGUAUUAUGGUUUUCCUCAUUCAAGUGUGUGAUUUCAUUAGCGAGCUGAUGUAAGCGUAACCAAGCGUAACCAUGUAUGUUGUGAAAAUCCUGAAUAAUGUUGACUGCUGAGAGCCAGACGAGUCUUAACUCUGUGUGAAAUGAGAUGAGUUGAAGCCUUUCUGGCCCAGUCUACACA